AUGGGGAAAUCCCCAACUGAAUUGAAGAACAUGGUAUUUCCAGACUUAAGUAAUAAUUAUAAUGCAUAUACAUGGUUGUGUGAAAGGGCAAUUAUUGUUCUAAAACAUGAGACAGUUGCAAGGAUUAACCAUGAAUUCAUGAAUAAAAUUCCAACAGUCAUUAAGAAGUACAAGUCAGUUGAUUCAGUCCUCGAUGAAAAUCAAGCUGUCCAUUACCCAACAGUGUUUCUUAAUUCUCUUGAGCCAUCUGGAACUCCUCUACAUAAAAUUUUUCUGAAGGUAGGAGUCCUAAUAAUGCUUCUAAGAAAUUCAGAUCCUCCUAUAUUAAGGUUGAUUGUGAAGACAUUACUAUCUAAUGUGACAGAAGCUACCAUCAUCAAUGGAUGUGAUUCUGGGGAAGAGGCUUUCAUUCCAUGA